UGAAAACUUCCAGCACCCUUAGCUCUCUCCUUUCGAGUUUUGCUCCUGUUGUCGAUCCAGUCCAUCCCGUCUCCCCAUUGCCGAAGCCUCCGCCUGCGGCGGCUACGAUGGAUCGGUCAUUGAAAUGUUUCACUAACUGCCUGCUCUGCAUCUCGGGAGAAUUAGUGGCCCAAGAUCUUUAUUUUAGCACCGAUCAAGGCACCAUCACGCCCAACUACUACUUUCGACAAGAAGGCGUCGAGAGAGUAGACUUGGGUGGCAGAAUCAUUGCCCCAGGGUUUUUGGACUUGCAGACCAACGGCAUGAGCGGUGUCCAUUUCACGCAGUUGGCCCUUGGUGGUGCUCCGGAGGUCGACGAGCACAAGUUAGAAGAUGUUAGUAGGAUGGAAAUCUGCCAUGGAGUGACAGGCUGGUGGGCAACUGUCCCUACGGUGGACAAGGACCGGUGGAAGCAGAUAGUACCGCUGUUGAAACCACGAGCAUUUGACUCCGGUGCUGAUUUGCUGGGUGCACACGUCGAGGGGCCGUAUCUCAACGCCUCGAAGAAAGGAGCACACAAUGUCGCCUACCUCCAAGAGCCAGCGAAUGUCUCCCUAUCUGACUUGUACGGCGAUAGCAAUCUCAAGGAUGCAAUCAAGUUGAUCACAUUGGCUCCAGAACUGGCCGGAUCGACUGCACUCGUGGGCCAGCUGCAAGAAGAAUACCCUCACGUUGUCAUCUCUCUAGGGCAUUCGGCCGCCACUUACGAGGAGGGUCUUGCGGCUCUGCAAUUGGGGGCCCGAGCGUUGACACACGUCUUUAAUGCAAUGCUGCCUCUUCAUCAUCGCAAUCCUGGGCUCGCCGGGUUGAUGGGGACUGGCAAGUGCUAUUACUCGAUCAUUCCAGAUGGAAUCCAUCUGCACCCUUCCGUGGUAACCCUUUGCCUGCGGACUGAUCCGAGGAAAUGCAUCUUUAUCACGGACAGCAUCGAACUCGCCGGGCUCCCAGAUGGCGUGCACGGCGGACACGGGCAGAUUGCACAGCGACAGCUUAAGCAAGGCAACAAAGUAACGAUCGAAGGCACGGAUACGUUGAUUGGCAGUUGUUGUACGCUGGACGAGUGCGUACGGAAUGCUGUGGCAUUUACCGGGUGCAAUCUCGCCGAGGCCGUGCAGUGUGUCACUGAAAACGUUGCAGAUAUGAUGGGCGAGAGCAAGAGAGGGAGGCUCGAACCGGGUCGACGCGCCGACUUUGCAAUUCUAGACGAAGAAGGUAAUGUCUUGGAGACGUGGAUCGGGGGAAGCAAGGUAUGGGCAAGGUCGUGAUGGAGGUUUUGAACCAAAGCCUGGUGUUAGGUAUCAAAAUUAGUCGAUAGAGGGCAACCAAGGGACGAGCAGACGAUGAUGAACACCGUGUGGCGUAAGGGAUGCAGAUCGAGAUAGACUCAAAGUCAGACACAUGUGAGCUG